AUGUUUUCCUCCCGCCUCAAUAUUCUGACUGAUUUAUCUAGUUUUGUCAUUGGUUCUUCUACGAUGCAGUAUCUUGGGUUACCUAUUUUCAAGGGUAAGUCUAAGAAAGUGUACUUACAACCUCUUGCUGAUAAAGUUAUUUCUAAGUUGGCUUCGUGGAAAGUUUAUUUGCUUUCCUUAGUGGGUCGUGUGAAGCGGGCUAAAUUCUCUAUUCAAGGGAUGUUUAUGCAUAGCAUGGUUGUGUAUGAUUGGUCGGUUUCUCUUCUUAGAAUUUUGGAAAGAGCGAUGAAAAGAUUCAUUUGGAAUGGGGAUAAUACUAAAAGUAAAGUUAUUAUUAUGGCUUGGAACACCAUUUGCCUCCCGAUUGCGGAAGGGGGCUUGGGAAUUAGAUAUCUUUGUAUAUUGAAUGAAGUUAUCGAUUUGAAGCUUGUUUGGAAUGUCUUAAACUCUUCCAAUAGUUGGGCCUCUCUCCAUAGGAAUCGCAUUUACUGUAACAACAGGAUCUCUAAAAUUCACAUUUUCUCUUCUUUGCGUGAUAAUUGGUGUGGCUCCCCAUUUUGCCUGGAUAAUGAGGCCCGAGCUAUCACCGUGGACCAAUUGGUGAGUACCAUCAUUGUGGAUGGUUCUUGGAAUUUUGAUCGGUCAUAUUCUCCUUUGUCUAUUCCCUUCAAGUGUGUAUCUCAAACUAUCAUAUCCCCUUUGAUUUAUGACCGGACAAGAGAUGUUAAAACUCCUCUUCUGAUGAUGAUUUUUCGAUUAAGCUUGCUUAUGAACUUAAGUGCAAAAGUGGUGGCUCGCAACAAGGUUAGAUUUGAUGAAUCCCUUAUCUCUUUUUCAUCUUCUACCUCUUUCAUUUUGGCCACAGUUUCAACUGCUGGGAAUACGGUGGUUGAUGAUUCUCACCUUAAUAUAAGUGAUUUUGUGAUCCUUAAGAGGUUUAAGGUGAUAAUCUGGCCCCCGAGGGCUCCGAAUAUUAAGAAAGUGUUAUGGCAGCCCCCUUUGAGGGUUUGGAUCAAGUUUAAUACUGAUUGGGCAGCAAUUUCCUCUUCUAGUCACUCUGCUUGUGGCAGUUUUGCUAGAGACAGUGGUGGUUGUUUUUUGAGCGCUUUUGCCUCUUUCUUAGGGGUUGGUGAUUCUCUCAUGACCGAACUUUCGAGUGCAAUGAUUGCAAUUGAGUUCGCCAAUGAUAGAAAUUAG